GAGGGAGGGGCCCAGCGGGGAAUAAAGGCACGCAUGCCCAGGUAUGCUUAAGCUCAUCUGGAGGCCGCAACUUAUGUUGGGGGAUGGGCUCAGGACUUCAAACUCUUGCCUCAGAGGACAGAUCACUCGCACGAAAAUGUGCACAACUCUGCUUGUGAAUAGUGCUGUCAAAAUUCAGCCAGGCGCAAACACUGCUACAGGACCCUCUCCUCUCAACAUAUACCUAUCCUUGAGUUCCCAAUGGAAGUUGAUGCACAUAAGUAAGAAAAUGGGAAGGAUUACAUUAUCGCAUCUCCGUUCCUGGGAAAGAUGCCACUCUGCUUUUACUUCCAUCUAUAAGGCUGAUGAGAUGGCAUGUCAGAGCAUGGCAAAAAAUAAGGAAGACGUGCCACACGAGGAGCUAGACCCCGCAGGUACCAUAAAUGCAUCUGUUGAAGUUUUAGAGAAUAAUAGCAACAUCCAGAUUCCCAAGAGGAAGUUUGCCAUUAUGUUGGCCUACUGUGGUCGUGGUUAUUAUGGUAUGCAGAUGGACCUUACAAGGCCAAACUUUCCAACCAUUGAAUCUGCCCUGAUUUCUGCUCUCAUUCAGGCUCGGUGCAUUCCUGAGAUGUUCUAUAUGCAAAUGAAGCAACUGAAGUUUCAGCGGUGUGCCCGUACUGACAAGGGAGUAUCUGCUUUGAGCCAACUGGUAUCAGUAAGACUCCUACCAUCUUGCUCUAACCCAGUGGAGAAAAUCAAUUCACAUCUUCCUCCCGAGAUCCUCAUUAUAGAUAUGAAAAGAGUAACUAAAGGAUUCUGCCCUAAGAAAAUGUGUGAUAAGCGAUCUUACUCUUACAUGGUGCCCACAUUUGCACUUUCUUGUUGUGCUCCCUCUGUACCUGAUUCAAACUUCCGAAUGCCUAGGGAAGACUUUCACAACAUCAACAAUCUUCUAUCUUUCUACAAGGGAACACACAAUUUUCACAAUUUUACAUCCAGGAAAGCGUUUGAGGAUCCAAGCUCUUUUAGACAUAUGUUGGACGUGUCAUGCUCAGAACCUUUUGUCUUUCAUGGGACAGAGUUUGCUCAAAUUCACAUUACUGGUCAAAGCUUCAUGCUGUACCAAAUUCGUAAAAUGGUGGGUUUGAUUAUAGCUAUCGCACAAGGCAUUGUCCCGGCUGAUUUUCUACCUCAGUGCAUGCAGAGGGAGAAGAUCAACAUCCCUCCAGCACCCGGACUUGGCUUGGUACUUGAGCGUGUUCAUUUUGAUUGGUAUAAUAAAAGAUAUGGGGGAGACGGCUUUCACCAACCAAUUUCCUGGGAAAAGUCUAUGCCUACUGUGUCGGUGUUUUGGGAGGAAAGAAUAUUGCCAGACAUACUUGAAGGAGAACUAGAAAAUCUUUCCAUGUCUUACUGGAUAGAAAAACUUAAUCGGCACAAUUUUCUCAUGUUUCAAAAUUACAAAGAAGUUUAAUACUACCUUUUAUAUAUGUACUUUUAACAAAAUGGUGCUUCUGGCAUAAUCCCUACUACCAGUGGAACUAAAAGCCCAUAGAAAAUUAGAAAGAUAAUGUAAACUUUCAAUAAGAAUCCUUGUCCUUCCUUGUCAUUUUUCACCAUACAUUGGAAUUGCAAAGCCCUUUUUAUAAAAGUGUGUUAUGUUUUUUUUUAUGCCAGCGUGAUGCCUAAAUAAUGCCAUUAUUUUACACAUUCAGGUAGCAAAGAAAUGCUGAUAUUAAA